AUGGGUGACCUGACACCAUAUUAUAAUGGGGAGGCAAAUAUCACAGAACACAAUGCACACCAUCAUAUUGCAGUAGAGGUGAGAAACAGAACAGAAAUCACAGAAAUAUUGCUAUUAGGAAUUCCAAGUCUCCAGCAACAUAAGGUUUUAACUUUCUCUCUGUUCCUUGUGAUUUACUGGGUGACAAUAUGUGGGAACCUUCUGAUCGUCUCAUUGGUGGUGCACAGCAAGAAUCUCCAUUCUCCUAUGUACUUCUUCCUUACUCAACUUUCUCUGUCUGACAUUUUGGUGGCUACAGAUAUUGUUCCCAAUAUGCUUUAUGUUGUCCUCUAUGAUGGAGGCCUCGUUUCUCUUUUGGGCUGUAUCACUCAGUAUUUAAUCUUUUGUUCCUCAGAAAGCUCAGAGUGUCUCCUUCUAACAGUGAUGUCUUAUGACCGCUAUUUGGCCAUAUGUAACCCGCUGCGUUACACUGCUAUAAUGAGUCACAUGCUUUGCUUUAAAUUAGUUAUAAUGUGCUGGGUUUUAAGUUAUUUACUGCUACUAAAUCAAGCUAUACCAAUAUUUAAAUUAUCAUUUUGUGGACCACAUGUGAUUGACCAUUUUUUCUGUGAUUAUGACCCUUUGUUGGAACUGUCCUGCUCAGAUACUUAUGUAGUUGAACUUGAAUCUAACUUGCUUUCAAUCCCAUUAAUUAUCAUUCCUUUUUUUGUCAUUAUUAUUUCAUAUAUUUAUAUUGUGUCCGCCAUCCUUAGAAUCCCAACCCUUACUGGAAGACAUAAGGCCUUCUCUACCUGCAGCUCCCACCUGGUCGUUGUCUGUAUAUUUUAUGGAGCACUAUCAAACAUUUAUUCUGUUCCUAAGAAAGCAAAUUCACUAAAUCUAACUAAAUUCCUGUCUCUGCUGUACACUGUGGUAACACCAUUGAUUAACCCUUUCAUAUAUAGCUUCAGGAAUAAAGACAUACAUAAAGCAUUUGAUAAAUUCAUCAAGAAUUAA